CAGUCGAUGUCGGUGGUAUCAAGGUCGCUGCGGUAGACAAUGGACAACCAUCCGCUUCGAUAACUUUUCUCGUCAAAGCUGGUCCAAGACAUGAAUCCAAAACCGGCAUUGCACAUAUUUUGAAAAACUAUGCUUUCAAAAACACUUCGGAUCGUUCCGCGUUAAGAAUUGCUAGAGAAACCGAAUUAUAUGGUGGUGUUCUUACAUCCACACUGGGACGAGAGCACCUAGCUCUCACCGCCGAAUUUUUGAAGGCCGUAUUAAAGGAGACUCGCUUUACUCCUCACGAAUUCCAUGAAAGUGUUCUCCCCAGUGUCCAGGCAGAAACUCAAGAGGCGACUCACAACCCCGCUAUCACUGCUCUCGACAUUGCACACGCUUUGGCCUUCCGUAAAGGGCUUGGAUCCUCCCUAUUUGCCUCCGCAGCUGGCCCCCACAUCAACUCUGAAGAUGUGAAGACCUUUGCCUCUUCCGCAUUCGCCAAAUCCAACAUUUCGGUAAUCGGAACCGGUGUGGACCCUUCGACUCUCGGAAAACUCGUUGAAAAGAGUCUAUCGUCUCUUCCUUCUGGCUCCAGUGCUGCAUCCUCUUCUGCCAAAUACUAUGGUGGUGAAAGCCGCGCCCUCCUCGAGACCCAUGGAGUCCAGACCAUCUUCAUCGGAUACGGUGCAACUGGCCCAGUCACCCCCGAGUUGUCGGUUCUCGCCGCUCACUUGUCUGCAACUCCUGCCGUCAAAUGGUCCGAGAGCGAGCCUUCCGCUUUCCCUGGACUACCCCAGGAGGCUACCGUCCAAACUGUCCUUCUCCCUUAUACCGAUGCCACCUUGUUCGGCUUCGUCAUUCAAGCACCCACCUCCGAAGCUGUCACAAAGGCCGGAAAGGCUGUCGUCGCAGGAGUCAAGGCUACAGCGGGUGGCUCGCUCAAGAACGAAGUCCUCAAGAAGGCCGUGGCAAAGGCCAAGUUUACCGCGGCUACCGCUCUGGAUACGAGACAAGGAUUUGUAGAUGCUGUUUCUCUGCAAUUGGCGACAGGCGCAAAGGCGACAGUCGAAUCCACCUUUGCUGGUAUCGAAAAAGUUUCGACUCAAGCUGCCUCCUCUGCUCUGUCGGCCCUCACAAAAUCAAAGCCCGUCUUUGUCGCCGUCGGGGACGUCCAGAUGAAUCAAAGGUUGAGAUACACGCCAAAUCACCAACAUACGGAUGAUAGCAACUUGUUCAAGGAUUACCCGACAGCUGCCGAUGCUCGGGGCUCCUUGCUCCUUCGCUUUCUCAUCACACCGUCGGUAUGGCCAUGUCCCGAGCCAGAUGAAGAUG